AUGAUGACACCUAUUGAGGAGAAAAAGGAUGACAAGAUCCGCGUUGGCAUGGUGCAGGUGUCGGACGGCAAGUCGCGGCCUCGGCCGGCGCGGCUGGUGCUCACCAUGGACGCGGUGACGGUGCAGCGCGAGGCGCCCCCUCCCCCGCCGCAGGACCGCACCGUGCCCCACGCCAGGGAGCGCAUGGUCCAAAUCACCCGACAGAAGGUGGGCGGUCUCGGGCUGAGUAUAAAGGGCGGCGCCGAACACAAGCUGCCCAUACUCAUAUCCAAGAUAUAUAAGGACCAGGCCGCCGACCAGACGGGACAGCUGUUCGUUGGCGACGCCGUCAUCAAAGUGAACGGCGAGUACAUAACCGCGUGCAACCACGACGACGCCGUGAACAUUCUGCGCAACGCUGGCGACAUAGUCGUGCUGACGGUGAAGCACUAUCGCGCUGCCACACCCUUCCUGCAGAAGAAUGCGGACACGUCCGACACGGACAGCACUGGGGACGAGCACUCGUCCGUUCACGGGGGAACGGUCGACGGCAACUGCAACAGCGAGCGCGCCGCUGACUGCGACGGCUGGCAGAGCGCGUGGAGCGCGGAAGAGGGCAGCCGGCCCGGCUCUGCGGCGUGCAGCCGCCCCCCCUCCGCCGCAUCGGCCGCCCCCCACCCCGCUCACACCCCCGCCGAAGACGUGCAGUGGGUCGACGUCGUAUCCGGUCAGUGCACCACUCACAACACAACGCACCACCUCGAAAAUACCCUUCAUAUUGGUGAAUUGGUGAGGGUUAUUUUCGAGGUGACAUUUCGAGGUGGUAUUUCGAGUUUUUUACACAAUUGUCUGUCUUCUCUCAAAACGCUC